GGUUGAAGCCUGGAGUCUGAGAUUAGAGUCACUGGAUCCCAUUGGCGGGCAUUGUAGUGCCUACUGCGCGCCCCUCAUACCCAUCCCACUGUUCGCAGCUGACUCCUGUUGAACACCACAAAGUGACCGCCAGUCAGUCGAUUCUCCUUUUACAAGAAUACAGCAUCUUAUACUGCUAUAUCAACGCGACCCAAUUAUUCCGCUAUCCUGUUCAUCUCGCAACAUAAUCCAUCUUACUCAUUUUUUGGUUACUUGCACGUAAUUCACCAUGGAUCGAAUCAAGGAGGUACGUCCGAUUCACUCGCACCUGCCUUCACUGCGGUGUACCCUCGUGCCAGGCACGACACACUCGAUACUGCCUCACCACUUCAGCCUUUAGCUGGUCGUGUUUACAAUACCACUGGCACUCUCCACAUCUAUUCUUCGUACAUCAACAAUUCCCUCAGACUCCUCCACUUCCACACCAAUCACAAUCAAUCAUCGACCACCAUGGCCUCAGCAUUCGCUAACUUCCAACAGAAGAUGAACUCGCUCCGCAUCGAGGCCGACGAGAAUGCGGCCAAGGCGGAAGAGCUCAAGGCGAAAGUCAAGACCUUGGAACAAGAGAACCUCCAGAAAGAACAAGAGAUCACCUCCCUCACACACCGCAACGGACUGCUCGAGGCCGAAGUCGAGAAACUUGAAACUGCCAUCAAGGAUGCAAAGAGUGCCGCUGGCGAAGCCUCCGAGCACAGCACCGCAAAUGAAAACCUGACACGCAAACUCCAAGUUCUCGAAGAAGAAGCCGAGGCUGCCGACAAGACCUUGAGAGAGACCAACGAGAAGCUUCGUCAGACCGAUGUCAAAGCAGGCCACUUCGAGCGAAAAGUCCAAGCGCUGGAACAAGCCCGGGACGAGUGGGAGGCCAAAUACGAAGAAAUGGCGAAGAAGCACGGGGACCUUCAAAAGGAAUUGCAAGAAUUGGAGCAGAGCAUGGGAAACAUCUAAUCGGAUUGAGGCACAUUGUUGUUCUUGUUGUGUGAGAGACUCACGACGACGACAUCUGGCAAGGAGUGAAAGCCACGAUGCAUUAGACCACGACAUUCCUACGAUACCAUGGGCAUUCAAUACAGGGCGAGCGUUGACAGUUUGAUGGACGAACAGCAUU